AUGGAUCAAGAUGGCACCGAGACUUCUGACUCAAGCUCGAAGCUAGCUCAGUCUGAUCGGGAAUCUGGGACCUUGCACGAUGAAGCUUCGGCGCACCCGGCUGAUGGACUGGGGCAUGACUCAAAUAAAGAGUUUGUGAGCGGGGGAAAUGCCAGGACAACACAAUUCAACUUGGUAUCCAGCAGUCGACUGCAUCUGCACGAUACAAGGGAUCCUAUGGAAGAAUUUACGAGCCUCACAACCCUUACCGGCGCAGCCAACGGUGUAACUUCACAGACUGUCAUCGCUGGGCCGACGAAGGACCAGAACGGGACCAGUGUCUCCGGUCCUGAUCAAGGGACGACGAAAAGCCACAGUCUCAUCGACAACCCCCCGAACCUUGCACGAAUUCGACAAGUCAUGUUUGAAUGCAAAGAACCGAUUGAAAUUAGCUUGGACGAGUUUGAGACCUAUUGGCCUUUCAUUGACAAUGUUUGGGUCAAGCAAAGGUCAAACUCCAGCAAAGAGGGGCAUUGCACCACGGACUAUUACAUGUGUCGUUUACGACGUCCAACCCAUCGAACCUCAGAGACGCGCCCAUUACCGGAAGGUAAACGCCCUCGAAAAAAAAGAGUCCGCGAAGGCGGCAUGUGCAAUUUCCAAAUCAAGGUUGUUCGUUUUGAAGGCGCAUACUCCACUGUCACGAUUGCCCGAACCCCGGGGAGCAGUCACAUACACUCUCAUAACUUGGAUUAUAUUGAUAAAGUCAAGCGCAACUCGGGGCUCAUGGAGUUUGCGCGAAAAGAGGCAGUUAAGGGUUAUUUGCCCUCGUCUAUUUACACGAAAUUCCAGGAGGAGCCUGAGAAAUUGGCCGAGGCAGGAGGUAAAUUCUGUACAGUCACGGACGUCCGCAAUGUUUCCGCGAAAUGGCGCAUACAGAACCCAGAGGUGAAACUUGUACCGCACGAUGGCUACACCUAUCAAAAGGGUCAUGGGAUCGUGAGAACGCAGGAUACUAGCGACAGCAGCAACCUGGCACCUGCCUCGAAGCAGCCCAAUUUUACUGCCGCCUCCCCUUUACCGUCGGAUACGUUGUCAUUCCCCCAAUUCUCGUUGGAGUUCCUCGACUCUUAUCUUCCAAGGCACGAUGAGAAACGCCAUUUACCGCAUGUCACACUGUCCUAUGCGUCGUCAAUGGACUCAAAGAUAUCACUUCUCCCAGGAAUGCAGACAGUCUUGUCGGGUCCGGAGGCUAAAUUGAUGACACAUUAUCUCAGAUCACGACAUGAUGCGAUUCUUAUUGGGGUUGGAACAGCCCUAGCUGAUAAUCCAGGCUUAAACUGUAGGCUCGAAGGCGCAGGUGGUUUUGGAGGUCUUGGGAGAAUGUGGCAACCACGACCUGUGGUAAUUGAUCCGACAGGACGAUGGCCAGUGCAUCCCGAGUGUCGGAUGCUCCGAACUGCAGUUGAAGGCAAAGGAAAAGCGCCGUGGGUCAUCGUAUCUCCAGGGGCCCAAAUCCACCCUCAAAAGUUGAUGAUGUUGAAGGGCUACGGGGGUGACUUUCUGCGCAUUGUUGAGUACAACCAGAACUGGCGUCUGCGUUGGGAGGCUAUUCUACGUGCGUUGGCAUCUGAAGGAAUCAAAAGUGUCAUGAUCGAGGGUGGUGGCACGGUCUUGAGCGAACUUUUGAACCCGGAAUACGCUGAAUUCAUCGACUCCAUGAUUGUUACUGUUGCUCCUACUUAUCUUGGGCGGGGUGGAGUGGGUGUGAGUCCCGACUCGAAGCGGGAUGAGGAAGGCAAACCGAAUGCCGCUCUCAAUCCUCGAGACGUGAAGUGGAUGCCUUUAGGCCAGAAUGUUAUAAUGUGUGGGAAAAUUCGAGCAUCUACUUCGGUUCCCCCUGGUGGGUAG